AUGGGUAAUACAGAGAGUGUCUCAUCUCAGCGUUUUACACCAAUUCUAACAUCUUUCAAUUCCAUUACUCCUUUAUAUGAAGCAUGUCGUGAUGGUAAUGAAGAACAAGUUCGAAAUCUUUUACCAAAAUAUUCUCAUGCUGCUUUGAAUCGACAAGAAUUUUCAUAUGGUGGAAAUACAUGUUUACAUGUUGCUGCUGCAAAUGGCCAUGAUAAUAUUGUUAAACUUUUACUUAAGCAAGGUUGUUAUCGAUCAUCACUUCUUAAUUCACAAAAUCAAAGUGCUUAUGAUGUGGCAUCAUUAGCUAAAGAAUCUACACGUUUCUUAUUUUUUCGUCAAAGUGAAACUGAUUCAUCAUCAAAAUGUUCUUCACGAUUUUUCGAACAAAAUGCAUCCGAAUGUUUUGAUGUAUUUAAGGUUAAAGAUAAUCAAGAUGGUGAUGAUGAUACGAGUGCUAAAAAAACAAAAACACUUGCAAAAUUAUCUAGUAUACAAACAUACAAAACUGAAGAAGAAAAAAAACAUGAAAUCGAAUAUUCUGCAAGUUCAAAAGCUAUGUGUCAAUCACGUCUUGCUCGUUUUUGUGUAAAUCAUUUUCAUUCUGAUGAACCAUUAGAUCACCAUGCAAUAAUAAAACGUUUAAAUGAUCUACUAAAACACAUUAAUAUGGAUAAUUCUGAUGAUUAUAUUAAAAUCAAUGACUUGAUAAAAGAAUAUGAAGAAAAUGAUAAUUCAAUCGAACAAUUACUUCAUUUAUAUACACUGGAAACAAAAUUUUAUCGAAUGUUAAAAAGAGAUUGUUUACCAUUAGCUAUACCAUUAUUUAUACAAUUACCAAAAUUAAAAGAACGAUAUUUUAGAGGACGUGUUUAUCGUGGUAUGCAUAUGAUAUAUGAAGAAUUAUUAAUAUAUCAAAGAGCUAUGAAAAUACCAGGAACUGUUUUACAAACACGUUCCUUUUCUUCAACAUCAAUGAAUCGUUCUAUUGCAGAAGAAUUUGCAUAUUUACAAGAGAAAACUAAUAAAAAGAAAUUCUGUGUUUUAUUAGUAUUCGAUUUCCCUAAUAUAUGUGAUCAAGCUAUUAAUCUUACAAGAGUAUCAAUUGAUAAACCAUGUUUAAGUGAAUAUGAAGAUGAACAAGAAGUACUUAUUUUACCAUGGACUUUAUUUGAAGUAAAACUUAUACAAGAAGCAGCUGAUGAAGAUGAUUUAUGCACAAUUUAUUUAACUAAUAUUAUGAUACCAAACAAAAAUCUUAUGUCAACAUUUGCAUGGAGUUGGACUGAAUUUAAAAAGAAACUAAUACAAGAAAAAAGAUUUCAAUUUGAUUGUGCAUUUCAAAAAUAUAAAAUAUCAAUGACUAGAAGUGAAUAA